AUGGAGAAUUUUACCACUUGUAAACAUCACCAAGAGCCCACUCUCAGUUGUAACUGUUGUGACCCUGAAGAUUGCCAACUUGCCCAGGCAUAUAUGAUAAACUCUGAUGUAUAUGAGACAGAAGUAACAGCAAUGCUUCAAAAACAAAAUGGCCAAGCAGAUAAGGUAUUUACCUUCCUUCAUGUAGACUGUGAAUUCAUAUCUACUGCAAGAAUUAUGCUGUCUCCAGGUGAAGCAUUUAGUUUCUUUGAAAGUGACCAGGAGUUGAAAACCUUUUUCCCGAAAAUCAUUCAAAUUAGUGAAAAGAAUGAAUUGGAAUGGGAUGUGGAUAAUGAUAUGUUACAAAGACAUGGAAUAACAGUGAUGCGAGGUCUUGAAGCUGCUGUAGAGAGUUUAGAUGACUCACAAUUUCUAAAUAAUGUAUUAUUUAGAAUUGGACAGGCACAUGUAUACAAAAAUAUCAAACCACAUAUGUUAAAGAGAUUGUGGCCAUCAUUAAACCGGAGCUUCAAAGAAGUUUUGAAGGACCGCUAUAACAAAGAUAUGGCAGAAGCAUGGCGCCUUACCUACCAGUACAUAUGCAGCCAGAUGAAAAAUGGAAUGAAGAACUCUUCAAGUCAAUAAACUCAGUGCAAACUUACUCAAAGUACAAUAUUUAUUUAUCAGACAUUUAUUUAUUAAUUAACACAGCUUAGUUUGUAAACAGUUUUACAUUUUCUCCGUCUCACCAAGCUCAAGUUAACCAUUAAAUAAAUUAAACAUAUGCUUACAGCACCAAGGGAAUGAGAUGCCACAAAGUAAUUUUCUUUUGUGCUAAAUUUACCAUAAUUUAGAAAUAAUUAAUAAAAAAGGUGUUGAAAAUUUGCAUUUUAAAUAAUUUGUUUAUAUUACUUGCUGCUAUUUAGUGUUAAAUAAAUAAAAUUAAAUUUUUAUGUAAUAUAAUUGUGGGAUUUGGCCUGAUACAGUAACUUGGAAGAUAAAUGAAAUUAUUUUGUCUAUUAUGUCUGGUUCAACAUAUAUCUACAGAUGCAAUGCUUGGACACAUCAACAGUAUUGUAUCAAAGAGUCACUGGAAAUUUUGAAUUUUACAGCAUGCAUUCUGAUCCAGGUAACCUAGGUUGAUCAAACAUUGGCCUAUGUUCGAACAGCAUUCUACUAAGCCCACUGAUCACUUCUUCAGCCAGAGGCAUCUAGACACUUUCUUAGCAGCCUCUUCAUUGUUCUUGAUGGCUCUCUUUCUGAAAGCUUCUGUAAUACCCAGUGUUCCACAGGUCUUAUUCAGAGCAACCUCCUUUGGAAAACACUUUCUCCUCUUAUUCUUGCAGAAUCCUCUACUAACUCCUGGUUCUUGAUUUUCUUCCUCUCUUGAGCCUCCUCCAUCCUCUCAUCCCAGGGCACAAGUAACUCCAAUAGGACUAACUACUUGUUGUUUUGGAAACCAAGAUGACAUCUGGUCUCAACAAGGACUGUGUGAUAUGUGCGGGACACUUUAGCUGUUUCUUCUAGAUGAACUUCCAUCACCCAGUCCCAUGUGGUGGAAAAUAAUCCCUCAAAGAUGUUCUUAGAUCUCUUCAUUGGUUUCUUUCCCUCUUUGACAAUGGCUACACUUCUGGUUGUAUUUCUGGCAUUUUUGUUGUUGUUGAUUUCCUUAGUAGUGAUCUUGAGGACCUGAUCAUGUCUCUAGCAGUUGCAUACUUCCCUCAGUUCCAUGGAGAAACUACUUAGGAUAUUCUCCAGGGGACAUGUAGGAAAACACCCUAGACAGGGACACAGAGAACAUGCAGAUAUUUUUUUAAAAUCCAGGUUAGCAGGGCAAAGGAGAGUAUCAUGGACACCCCUCUGCAUUCCACUCUUUUGCUUGCCCCCUCUUCAUCUAAACACCCUAUUUCCACAUUGCUACUACACACCUAACUCUUCCUCUGUUGAUAGUUGCACCAGCUCCCACUUUUCCUUUCUGCUAGCUGUGCCACACUCACAUGGAGGACUUUGCAUUUCAACCACUCCACUACCAGUUGUACUGCCUUAGUUUCCUCCACUUCCACUCAGUUCUAACUGAAAUUCUUGCACCAGACACUUUGGUGGCCCUGGAAUUGUACUAGAAGUGUUCUCAUACCUGAGACACUGUGAAUUCCUCCCUUAUGGAACUGAAUGGGAGACUGAACCUAUUGCUGCUUUCAUACAGUGCAAUACUGCUCAAACUGCAUGCCAAACCCAAUCAUCUGUGAAGGUGUCCACUCCCCACAUGCUGCAAGCCCUCUGCUACUGACAUGGGGACUUCAUAGAUGAGUAGGGGCUAGUGAAUCCCAUGCUGAUAAAUGUAAGGUUUGAAACUUCUUGGUAAUCCAGACUUGUCUAUGGCUCCCAGAUAGCUUCCUGGGACUGCUCUGGUAACUUUGAUGGAUUUGGUGUCCUUUAGACUGUAGUUAGAAACCAUCUCAAGACUUCUCACUAUUUUGAAGCAGAACUUGUUGGUGACUUUUCCUUUUCUUCAAAACCAUCCACUAGGACUUUGCAGGUUUGAAACUCAUUCAUGUUCAUGUCACAAGUUCCACUUAUCUUCCUGCUCUGUUUUUGUUACUGUGGGGUCAUUCAUAAAUCUCUGAUAGGUGGUUGCCUUACUCCUCUCUUGCUGAGACGAUCCAGGCACUCUUUCUCUUCUGACUUGAACAACAUGUCCAUUGCUAAUGCAAAGAGUGAUACUGAGAUAGUUAACCCUGUAAUUAUCCCUGCUUCUAGUUGUGCCAGUCUCAACUUGCUGAAGUAGCCCAUGAAGUAUUUUAGCUUCUGAGAUACAUGGUGUCUCUCUAAUGCAACUUCCAUAAGCUUGUGUGGUAUCAUGUUGUAGGCAUUGCCCAGGUCCAACCAUAGCACAGCUAGGACCCCUCUUUCCUGUUAUGCCUCUUUGAUGAGUUGGGACCCUAUACCUGUACGUUCAAGGCAACCAGGGAUUCAUGGUAUGCCUUCCUUCUGUACAAACAUACCAAUUAACUGUUCUUCGAAAGAAAGUUGGUGAGUCCCUUGGAUAUACAAUGGUGAAAAAAUUUUGCUUCCCACAGCCAUAUAUGUUAACCCUUUCAUGACCGUUUUUAUUUUGAGAUGCUCUGUGUUUCUUUCAAU